AUGCCCUCAGACAUGGGGCCACCUCUGCCCCUGCAGGAGGCGUUAGAGCUGGUCAAGCUCCCGUCAGUCGGCGAGGCCCGGCGGUUCAUGGGGACGAGAGCCGCCUACCUCCCCGGAUCCGAUUUCGACAUGGAGGAUUCGCCGACCUUCCACAAGGCUGCGUUUGGCGGCCAUGUGUACGCCCAGGCUGCGCUGGCCGCCGCCCGCACGUGGAGGGAGCUGGAAGACGAAAAAGGAGCGACGCCCGCUCAAAGACUCGAUCUUCACCACCCCACACUCACACAGUGA